UUUUAUUAAUAUGAUAAGACGGUGCGUUUUUUAUGGAGUUGGUGGUAAGGGUUUAUAUUUUUACGUUUUUCUUACGCUUUCACGAACUUUAGUACCGGUGAUCUGUCGAUGGAGGAACAUUCGAAAUCACCAUUGCCUGAAGCGUUUCUUGGCUUUCUUGAGGAAUAUGGAAUCUACCCUUCAAUUUAUACGGCCUCUGGUCCAACCCCUCCUUACCUGAGGUUGAAACCAGGGAGUGAAGGUGAACUUGAAGAAAUUGAAGCUGAAAUAAAUUGUAAGCUUGAGAAAGUGAAUUGGUUACCUGGUUUUUAUUCCCUUCCACCUGAUGUUCUGAUUGCCAAUUCAAAGUCAUACCUGGAUGGAAAGAUCUAUGGAAUUGAUGCUGCUUCUGGAGCUGCUGUCUCAGUUUUGAAAAUAUCAUCAGGGGAUCAUAUUCUUGAUCUCUGUGCUGCUCCCGAAUGCACUCAUGAUGGAUCGGUUAAACACAUCCAGAAGUUUGAACAUUGGGGAUGGAGAACUCUUCAACGCCGGGUGUUGGAUGCAGAAAGAACAGAUAGCUUAACUGUACUUCAGUUAAAACUUCUAAGGAAUGGUUUUAGAUUGCUGAAAGUUGGGGGAUUGCUUGUUUACAGUACUUGCAGUUUGACAGUUGCUCCGAAUGAUGAAGACAUCGUAGAGCAGUUGUUAAAGGAAAAUGCUUCCGCAGAACUGCAGGAAAUACACGAAGCGAAAGAGUGGCCCUGUAAGAGUGGGAGGAUACCAAAGACCUUGAGAUUCGAUCCCUUGACAUCACAAACCAGUGGACUUUUUGUUUCAAAGUUCUCAAAACUGGCCACUUAAUCAAGGUUGGUUCUUAGCCGCCUUUGCUUUAUACAUUCUGGAAUGCAGAGAAUUGUCUCUUCAUUGUAUCUCACAUCUCUGCUGCUGCCUGUUGCCCUGCUGUCGGUACCAGACCCUUCACAGCAAACGGAUUGGUUUGUAUUAUAGCCGCCGAGAGGGGAGUUCACUGCGAUGCUGAACAUUCCAAACACGGGGUUUUUCUUUUCCCCGGAUAAAGGAGGCAUCAUUCAUUCACACAUCACAUUUUGAUCAUCAGCUAAUCCUGUUGUUUUGGU